UAUCCCCGCGCCCGCGGCCUUGGCGGGUCUACAGUGCACAACGCCGUCGUCAACGUCGUCGGCAACCUGCGUCGUGACUUCGCGGACUUUGAGAAGAUGUUCGGAAGUUCUUGGUCUCUCGAAAGCAUCUGGGAGUACUUCAAGCUUAUCGAGAGGAACCUC